AAAAUUAAUAGUAAACAAUUAUAUUAUAAUAAUAUUUUAUUUUAACUUUCAACAGAAUAUCUCAUCUCAUCUUAAUUGUGUAAUCAAAUGAGACCUUAGUCUUCCCUCGACUUGAACUACCUCCCUUAUUGUCGUAGUUAAUUGCCCAUGAAAGACGCUUUAACUCCCUGCUUUUUUUGAAACUUGAUUUGGUUUCAAGCAUGUGGCUCGCCUCAAUCGUAGUGAAUAGAGCUUUUAAUUUGGUCUUCAUAUGCAUCAUUUGAAAUCUCUACGAUUUGCUUAAACCCAUUAACUUUAUUAAGAACCCAAUCUGAUGGUGAAUCCGCUAUAUCAUUUAACAGAGGAAGAGAAACCAGGGGAGCAACAUUAUCCCUAGACAUAGUACUCAACUGCACUCCCAACUCUAAGCCUUCCUCCACACAAGGCACCAACAAUAAACCCAUAAUUUCCUUCCCACCAUAUCCUGCGUUCAAAUCCCAAGUCUCCUCGACAGCUAAAUGGUUGCUGUGCAUUGUUUCUAUCACCAUAAAAGGUUUCUCCCCUUCAUCGAUGAUGACAUUGCUGAUAUUUGCUUCACCCCCCGACUAUCCUUGUAGUUCCACUUUGUCAGACCCUACUGCUCCCUCAGGAAUAAAACAGGUAGGAGAAGCACUACCUUCAGUUACCCCAUUUGUAAAAAGAGGCUCGACUGUUUCUUCCAAAGUACCAACCCCAUUUGCAACUGGUGACUGUGGGCCUGUUGCUCCCUCGGGAGGUAUGGAUGACAUGUUGCUGAUGUCCUGAGUGACUUGCAUGGACAAAUGACACUAUCUGUGACGGUGUUGAAACGCCCUUUGCUGAUGCACUUGAGGCCUUCGAACCCAUAGGAUCUACCCCAGCCCUCCCUUGUCCUUUUUCGACCCACCACCAAAACCCACUACUAGGUCCAACCCCUUAUCCACUUUAAUCAUCAAAUCUCUCACAUACUCCAUAACUCCCGUCAAUUGAGUUUUGAUGUCCCACAUGACCCUCUCAAUUUUUCCCAAUGUCACAUAACGGCCUUUGUCUCCAACAAAUGCCUUAUCCUUUCCUUCUACCGCGGAGCUGAUCUAGACUGGACUACCCACAUGUGAUCUUAACAUUGCAGCGUACGAAGCACCCUUGACUGAGGAACACUUUCCCACUUUGGACCUAGUAAAACUUUGAAUGGACUGCAGAAAGCCUUUCCAUCCAAUGCCAUUUGUGCCUUCCGGAAUCAUCAACAAACCUUUCUUCCUUCCAUUCCGAAAUUCUAAGAUUUGCUGAAAGUUGCCUCUUGCAUUAACAUGAUGUUGAAUGAUAAAUACUACAUUACCCAUCCUUAGCUCUUUGAAGAAACCUCCAUGACAGCUAAGUUCUAAACAAUCCUCAAUCCCCUUAGCCAACCAUGAAGCUACCGUCCCACCUAAACACAUGAACUUAGCUAUCCUUUUGCCACAUUCAGAGAUACGAAAACUAUGUCCUCCCUCUUUCAUAAAAAUGGAAGUUUUUGAUUCCACCUUCAACCACCUCUCACCUUCCAACUGAGACAAAUCAGCAUCGCGCGUCGUCAUCGUCAGAUCCCCAAUUCCAAAUCAGAGGUACCCUAUUGCUCCCGCUUCAUCAUCUUAGCCACGAUGAGCACAAGAAAUGCAAAAUAGAGAUGCCAAAAUAGAGGUGCCCACAGAGAUAUCCCUUAACUGUUGUUUCCGGUCGCCCGAGGAGGAUUGACAUCGGAGGCCCCUCAAAGGAGUCAUUGGAGUCCGUCGGUGAAGUUUGUGGCUGUGGUGGAGGCAGAGGCCUAGGCGACGAUUGAUGUCACCUUUGAGAAAGGAAAAAAAAGGGAAAAACGGCAAAACCAUCUCACCAGCGGGAGGAUUGUUGCUGGACAGCCCUCAAGGAGGACGCCGGGGCCCGUCUGCCCCGUCUGUGACGGAAUUGAAGUGUCACUCGCCGGUCGGAGGAAUAUCCCGUUCUGCAAGUGGUUAUUGCAUAAAUUUAGUCCUAGAGACCAUGAAGACAUAUUCAUCUGAAGAUGGUUUGACUGAAGAGGCCAUAGUUACCAAGCUUCGUACUUGUCGAUGCCACCAUUUAUUUCUGCAUGCAUCUUUGCGAAACAAUUCUUCAGGCACUUGCCGUUGGGGAGAAUUUGGUGAGGGAGGCCUAUUGUGGGGAGAAUGUAGUGCGAGACAAUUUGAAUGGUUUGAGGGAAAUCCUGUGAAUGACCUUUUACUUAAGGUAAAGGAGCUUUAUGGUCUCGAUGAUGAGGUUACAUUUAGGAAUGUCACCGUGUCUUCAGAAAAUAGGCCACAGCCUUUAACCCUAGGAACAGCAACACAAAUUGGCGCCAUACCAACUGAUGGAAUACCAUGUUUGUUGAAAGUGCUGCUUCCAUCUAAUUGCAGUGGUCUACCUGUACUGUAUAUUAGAGAUCUUCUUCUUAAUCCUCCUGCUUAUGAGAUUGCAUCUGCAAUUCAAGAAACUUGCAAACUUAUGAGCAACGUAACAUGCUCGAUUCCUGAGUUUACCUGUGUUUCAUCUGCAAAGCUUGUAAAGCUACUUGAACAGAGGGAGGCCAAUCAUAUUGAGUUUUGUAGAAUUAAAAAUGUACUUGAUGAAAUAUUGAACAUGUACAAAAAUUCUGAGCUCAAAGAAAUUCUGAAAUUGUUGAUGGAUCCGACAUGGGUGGCAACUGGGUUAAAAAUUGACUUUGAGACAUUGGUUUCUGAGUGUGAAGGGGCUUCAUAUAGAAUUGGUGAAAUGAUCUCUCUGGAUGGCGAAAGCGAUCAAAAAAUCAGCUCCUCUUCCGUCAUUCCCAGUGACUUUUUCGAGGAUAUGGAGUCUUCUUGGAAAGGUCGUGUGAAGAGGAGACAUAUAGAAGAGGAAUUUACUGAUGUGCAGAGGGCAGCUGAUGCCUUAACUUUAGCAGUUACUGAAGAUUUCCUUCCUAUAAUUUUUAGAAUAAAGGCAACCACAGCCCCAUUUGGAGGUCCAAAGGGAGAAAUUUUAUAUGCUCGAGAACAUGAAGCUGUUUGGUUCAAGGGCAAACGUUUUGCACCAUCUGUAUGGGCUGGGACUCCUGGUGAAGAACAAAUUAAAAGGCUUAAACCUGCUGCAGAUUCAAGAGGUCGAAAGGUUGGAGAGGAAUGGUUUACCACAAUGAAGGUGGAGGAUGCCUUAACUAGGUACCAUGAGGCAGGCGCCAAGGCAAAAGUAAAGGUCUUGGAAUUAUUGAGGGGACUUUCUUCUGAAUUACAAUCUAAAAUCAAUAUCCUUGUCUUUGCUUCCAUGUUGCUUGUGAUUGCAAAGGCAUUAUUUGCUCAUGUGAGUGAAGGGAGAAGAAGGAAAUGGGUUUUCCCCAUUCUGGCAGGGUGCAAUGGGCCCAAGGAUGUGAAGCCAUUAAAUGGAGCAUAUGGGAUGAAAAUAACCGGUCUAUCUCCCUAUUGGUUUAAUGUAGCAGAAGGCAGUGCUGUACAUAAUACAGUUGAUAUGCAAUCAUUGUUUCUUUUGACAGGACCAAAUGGGGGUGGUAAAUCAAGUUUGCUUCGAUCAAUUUGUGCUGCUGCAUUACUUGGAAUAUGUGGAUUUAUGGUGCCUGCACAUUCGGCCUUGAUUCCUCAAUUUGACUCGAUCAUGCUUCACAUGAAAUCUUAUGAUAGUCCUGCUGAUGGUAAAAGUUCAUUUCAGGUAGAAAUGUCAGAAAUUCAGUCCAUUAUUGCUGGAACAACUAAAAGAAGCCUGGUGCUUAUAGAUGAAAUUUGCCGAGGAACAGAAACAGCAAAAGGGACUUGUAUUGCUGGUAGCAUCAUUGAAACUCUAGAUAAAAUUGGCUGCCUUGGUAUUGUAUCCACUCACUUGCAUGGAAUAUUUACUUUGCCACUCAUUACCAAGAACACUGUUUACAAAGCAAUGGGAACAGUAUAUGUUGAUGGGAAAACAAAACCAACUUGGAAGUUGAUAGAAGGGAUAUGUAGAGAAAGCCUUGCAUUUGAAACAGCUAAGAAGGAGGGAAUUCCUGAAACAAUCAUCCAAAGAGCGGAAGGCCUCUACCUUUCAGUUUAUGCAAAAGUUCUUUCGGAACAAAGUGUUACAAAACCAGACUUAUGUUCUAGCACGAGUGCCAAUGGUUUUGAUGAAUCCCAUUUUCAAUCAAGUGGGACUCUUGAAGUAGCUACCUAUAAUAGUGCAGAGUUAGCAAACCCAAUGCAAGUUUUACAAAAAGAAGUUGAGAAUGCCAUCAGGGUAAUAUGUCAGGAGAAGCUUAAUGAGUUCUACAAGAAGACAAACGUAUCAGAUCUUGCAGAGGUACAUUGUGUCCUAAUCGGUGCUAGGGAACGGCCUCCUCCAUCAACAAUAGGUGCUUCCAGUGUCUAUGUGAUGCUUAGACCGGAUAAGAAAAUAUAUGUUGGAGAGACGGAUGAUCUUGAGGGCCGAGUCCGUGCUCAUCGUUCGAAGGAAGCAAUGCAAAAUGCGUCUUUCCUUUAUUUCAUAGUCCCAGGGAAGAGUCUGGCUUGCCAACUGGAAACUCUUCUCAUCAACCAGCUUCCUAAUCAAGGGUUCCAACUAACCAAUAUGGCCGAUGGUAAGCACAGAAAUUUUGGCACAUCGAUCUCCAUAGGAAGCGUGCCCGUAUGUUCAUAAUGUGGUAGCCCUUGAUCACAUGUUGUGUAACCCAUAGCUAGUCAGUCAGAAGUAGCUGGCGCUCGGCCAUGGCAUGUUAAGUGUUAUGCAAUUCAAAGACAGCAAGAGGAGAAACUGAUCCGGCAGUGGCUGCAGCAAUCUUCCCUUUUUUGAUGUCUGUGGCACCACUUGCAGUUCAAUGCCCUCAAUUGCUGUAAAAGGGCUGAGAUUUUCCGUUAUUUGGCAUGUAAUCAUACUGCAUGUAAUGCCAUAUGUAUAUAAAUUCUCCAUUUCCUUGUUCAA